AUUCACAGUCGACGGGAUAGCCUACCUGGGGUACCACUCUCAGCGACACACCACCACACCUCUCCGAGAAGGAAGAGAUGGCGACCCUAAUGAACUUUGGUGCUGUUAAUUUGGCGUUUCUGCUUGUGUUUGUGUUGACUGCAGCAUUUCCCCAGGUGCAAGCCUCUUCUGACGGGACGAAGACGGUGGAGUUCAAUGUUAAACCGGGAGGAGUGGUGCACACAUUCACUGAGGGGAUUGGUGAGUAUGAGUGCUCAUUCACUUAUGCUUCACAAGGGGGAACCAAUGAGCAAUGGCUGAUGAGUGUGGGUCUGAGCGACGACGACAGACUGUUUUCCUGCUCUGUGUGGAGGCCCCAGGGGAAAUCGUACCUGUUUUUCACUCAGUUCAAAGCUGAACUGAAGGGAACCAAAAUUGAAUAUGCCAACGCAUAUUCACAGACAGCGACGACAGGACAGAGUGACGUGCCUUUAAAGCCGGAGGAAUUUACUGUAGGAGACUCAACAGUGACCCACACAGAUGGAAAGUUCAGCGCACAGCUCUCCAAACUCACCGCCAUUGGACGGACACGACAUGAUGAGUUGUAAUUGGUUCGGAGUCUGACUUGGCUUUGGUCAUGUUUUGACCAAUCAGAGCGCCUUGUGAGCUCUGAGUCGAGCCUCUGUGUUUAAACUCAGUAGUCAAGGAUGGAUUUUUGGAAUAUCAUACUGAUAUUCCCUUUGUGGCACUUUGUGUGUCAGUACAUUAAUUACCUGGUAUGGUUUUACAAUCAAUUUAUCUAUGUCUAUGCUACUUGGGACAAAAAAUGCAGCAAGAAAUCAGUUGAGUUUUUGUUUUUUGUUUUUUACUACAUAAUUUCAUAGUUCUGCCACAAAAAAGUGCUUUCAUAGUUGUUUCUUAGUUUCAGAUUUACAAAGAGCAAAUCUGUUCUGAUCCACUGGGGAUGUAUGUGAAUGUAUAAAGGAUUGGUUUCUGGGAGCUGGGUAUAGAUAACAUAUUUAGAGUAUGGAGGGAUUUAUCCAUCUUGUGUAAUCCUGAGAGAAAAGUGAAUAAUCCCUCAAUAGCGUCAUCGCUCACACACAAUUACAUUUUCCUCAAAUCUCGCUCUGUUCUACUUAACUGUAAGCACCCAUUUUAUCCCCUACAUGACCAACAAGUAUCACUUCUGAUAACUUUUUGUUAUAUUUGUGUUUUGGGCCAGAAGGAAUACUUGUAAUAGAGACGAUUGCAGCUUCAUAGCACAAUAUUAAUAGAAAGAUAUUCAGUAAACACUUAAGUGUUUUUGCAUUUUGGGAUGAAAUGGUGUCUAUGUGAAAAUGGCUGUGUAUUUAGGAGAAAUUAUUGUGAUUUUAUUUAAAAUAACCUUAAUCUUGAUGAUUUUAAUUAAACACCUGCAACAGGCGGUACAGAGGAAGCUACAAAUAUUUCCUUAUUUGUAAAAUUUUGUAAUUUCAGUAAAUUUCAAUUGAUGUUUCACCCAAAAAAUACUAAAUUAUAAGGCAGACAUUUGGAUGAUAGUAUAUUUGGCGAAGAGAUGCCAUCACAUCUUCCUGUGCUCUUCUUGAACCUUUUUCUCUUUCAUCCUUCAGUGCCACAUGUGUGGAUCAGCAAGAAUAUUAUGCAGGUUUCUGAAGUACAUCACUAUGAUUACAGGUCCCCCCACCCCUCUUCCUGAUCCCCUAUGUAGCGAGUGGGAUUGCCUUUAUCUUUCUUAUUUUGAUCCAGCUCCUCUUAGAUCCACACAAGUGUUCAGAAGAUGAGUUCUGGGGAUUGAUUUCAGAUUUGAGGAUUUUGUUGAUUUGAUUCUGAGGUUGGAUUACUCACUGAGAUUCGCACCUUGUCAUGGUCUGGGUUUGGAUGCUCUCAUCUGACUAGAGGCAAUCCUCUGAAGUGGAGGAAAUGCUCAGCAGGGACGUUUGUGUGUCCUGUCCUCUGGGGUCACAACAGGAAAUAACGACAUCCAGAUGCUGACCUGGAAUAGAAAAAAGCACACAAGACGUUACUUAUUUUGUACAUGUUUUCUUUUUCUCUAAUGUUCUGAAUCAUGACGAAAUGUGAUGGAUGUUUCAAUAAAGACAUAUUGUCACUGUUCUGGA